UUUCCUUCCUCUCUCAAACCCAACAAAUACAGCUCUCCGCUCUUCCUUUGCUUUCUUUUUGGGUUCACUUCUCGUCCAAUUUAUUUUUGUUUCCUUUCCUACUACAUGGGUUUUUAGUUUCUUCUCCAUUGAGCUCAACCUUGUUAAGUUUAACAAGGUUCAGAAGCUAUUUCUUUUAUAUAUAACUCAGAACUUGAUUCUUUCAGAGCUCAUCAUUAGUUAAUCAUAAGGUGCAGGAGAAAAGAAAAUGGAGAAGUCAAAUCUUGUAGCCAAUGGAGGGAUGAAAUUGCCUAUUGGGUAUAGGUUUCAUCCUACUGAUGAAGAGCUCGUUGUUCAUUACUUGAGACGUAAAGUCUUUGGCUUUCCAUUGCCUGCUUCUGUUAUUCCGGAGCUUGAUGUAUUCCAAACUGAUCCUUGGAACUUGCCAGGUGAUUUGAAGGAAAAGAGGUAUUUCUUUAGUAGAAAACUUGGAAAUGAAAGUGAAAACAGAAACAGAAGAGCUGCUGGUUCUGGUUACUGGAAACCUACAGGCAAAGGCAGGCCAAUCAUAGCUUCUUUUGGCAAUCAUAUAGUUGGAUUGAGAAAAACUUUCCUUUUCUGUGAAGGGAAAAAUCCUAAUGAGUCUAAAACUCAAUGGAUCAUGCAUGAAUAUCGCCUUGUUGGCUCAGGAACGCUCCUCAACACAUCCCAGGUAUUUAAGUUGAACUUAGGAGAUUGGGUAGUCUACCGCGUAUUUCAGAAGAAAAGGAGAUCUAAAAAACAAGGGACAAUUUCCAAGUCCUCAAGCACCUGCAGUGAGGUGAUGAGUUCUAGUUUCAUGGAAUUUACGAUGGUAGAGUGCUCAGAUGUUGGUCCUCAACCUUCAUCGCCAUGUUCUAGUGGCAUCACUGAGGUCUCUUCCAAUGGGUUAGAUCAAGAAGAAACUAGUUCCUCCAUUAGUUUUUCUUUUCAUUCUUGUAAGAGGAAGAGUACUUGAAACAAACACCUCAAUUUCUUGCAAGGAAAAUUGGUAUCAAAUAUAUUAUUCAGCUAAUCUUGCAACAAUAUGCGAAUAUCAAUGAAAAAAUUGAAACCAGUUUAAUUCU